UCAGCUGUUUGUUGGUUAUGUUUUUACAUUUUUAAAAGAAUUUUUGCAUUCAAAAUAAAUGCAAAUAAAAAUUCCUAAUAAUAAUGUCAGAUAUUGAAGAUCCCGUAGAAUUAAUGCUCAAAAAGACCGGUUGCAUUGAGUUGCAUUACAAAGUUCAGGAGUGCAUUGCAGAAACAGGAGACUGGCGCAGCUGCCAAGACAAAGUAAAAGAAUUCAAGGAGUGUAUGUUGAAAUACACAAAAGAACAAACUGAAAAAUAUAAAAAUAUCAAGUGAAAACGUUAAGUUUUCCAUCAAAAAUGCUAACAAAAGUAUUCCGUCUUCUCUCAAAUGUAACUCGACGCCAAAACAAAUUAGCUCUACUCGUUCGAGCUGACAUCAAAAUGUCCAAGGGUAAAACUGCAGCUCAGUGCUCACAUGCAUCCAUAUUGUGCUAUCAACGUUCACAGAAAGUCAAUGCUAGUGCAUUGGAAUCAUGGUGUAUUUGGGGUCAGCCAAAAAUCGUGCUGAAAGUUGAUUCUUUGGAAGAAAUAUUACAGAUUCGUGAUGAGGCACAUAAAGCGAAUGUGGUGGCGGAAAUUGUUAAAGAUGCUGGACGAACACAACUUGAACCAGGAACGGCUACUGUUUUGGGAAUUGGGCCGGAUGAGGGGGAGAAGAUUGAUAAAUUAGUGAGGCAUUUAAAAUUGUUGUGAAGUAGUCUUCAAUAAAAUUGUUAUUUUGAAAA